GCGGAAAGACUGUAUUUUCCGUAUCCGGGGAAAAGGUGAAACUCUAAGGGGCAGUGAUCUCCCCAGGUGUGUUUUGCUUCUUUGAAACAGUAAACAUAUUUUAUUCGGGAUUUAAAGGAGACACUUUCAAUGUGUUGAGAGGCGUCAAGCGUUUCGGAGGAUGAUGGAGAACCCCGUCGUGGAUAAGAACCACAUGUCCUGUCAGACAUGGGUCGGCGGGAACGGCUGGUCCACGCCUUCGCCUCAGGGACCCCCCCUCAUCGACCCACACGGCGGCCCCCAGCACCUCGGCCAGGGCUCCUCUGAUCCGGGCUCUUUGUUCGGUCACCUGCAAGGCUCCGGUCCGAGCUGCAUGGGUGACGUGAGCGCGCUGGCGAGCGCUCAUCACGCUGCUCUGAAGCCCCUCCACAUGAGCAACGUUUCGUCCCCCAACUCGCUGUUUGACAACAUGACAAACCAGGGAGUUUCCCACCUGCUGUCCUUUGCUCAGCACAUGCCGGAUCCCUCGUCUAUGCUGGCGACCGCAAACCAGGUGAAGACUCUCCCCCAACCAAACCGAGAGCUGCCCCCCUGCAGGCCCCAGCAUUUGGCUACGGUUCCGUCCUCGGACCCCCACAAAGCAUUUCACACGCCGUUAGGCGGACAUGCUUUAGCUAACGGGCAUCACGCCGUCAGCUUUUCGGCGUGUGGGCAGCACGCCGUCUCUGCUCCCUUUGGAGGGCAGGGUAUGGAACCAGGGGGGGUCUCUGGGUUUACCCACAGCUAUGGGACGUCUGCAGCUCAGGAGCAGCAUCAGUGGCCGUCUUCGCUGCACAGCCGAGGAGUUUUGAACGAGUCCGUCCCAAAUGCACGAGUCUGUCCGGACACAAACCCGAUACCAGAGGAGGCCGCCGUUCCCGCGGCUGGCGGGGACCAAAGCCGCUCAGGCCUUUUACGGCAGCGCGAACAGCUCCUCAAGCAGCUGGAAAACAUGAACCGACUUCUGGAGUCGCUGCCUCCUGAGGAUGAGGAUGGCGAGCAGCCGCUUCACGAAGAUUCAUCCUCGAGGGAGAAGACUGAACCCAGCAGUGAAGUUCUGCAUUUCUCCCAGGAGGCAAAGCUGCGACCUUCAGAAGAUUUUCCACCUUCACUCGAAGAAAGCGGAGCUUGUGACGUUUCACCGCAUCCGUUUGAGGAAAAGGAGGACAAGCGCGUGAAGUCCGAUGAUGACUGUGACGAUGACUACAUACCCAGCGCAGAUAACAGCUUCUCAGAUAGCUGGUCUGAGGAUGAAGAUGCGGCCCCCCCUGCUCCAGACAGCCCACGCAGAGCCUGCGGCCCCGCGGUCGAACAGUCGACUCUCAAACAGGAAGAAAGCGCUAAAUCUGAGGAGUCUUCGUCUGAGGAGAGCAGCUGCCCCCCUCCUCUGAAGAAGCAGAAAACCCCUCAGAAGGGGAGCUUGGAGACCAUGGUGCUUCCAGCGGCGAGCACCAAAGCGCGGCGAGUUUACGACAAGAGGAACUACUGCCUGUUCUGCUCCAAACCCGUGCUCAAAGUGGCGCGGCAUCUCAUGAACGUCCACAGCGACAAGGCCGAAGUGGGGGCGGCCUUCCAGUACCCCCCCCAUUCCAAAGAGAGGAGCAGGAUUUGGAAAAAACUGACCAACGAGGGGAACUUCCUUCACAACAAGAAGGUUCUGAGCUCGCGCCAGGGCCAGCUGGCCGUGAAGAAGAGGCCCAGCCGGCCCACGAAGGCCGUGGAGUACGCCCACUGCAUGCACUGUCACGGCCUGUUCAGAACCAAGGCGCUCUCCAGGCACAUGAGGAACUGUCCGGACAAAGUCAAGACGGAGGAGGAGCCGCAGGCGCGGGGGAAGCGCAUCAGGUCGCAGUGCGCGCUGCUGGCGGUGAACUUCCAAGAGCUCGGCGUCGGCGAGAGCGUGAAGGCCAUCAUCAGCGAGAUGGUGUACGAUGAAGUGACGCGCGCCGUCAUAGAGGACCGCACCAUCUUGCAGUUCGCAGAGCAGAUGCUGAGCGAGUACAGCGCCGACGAGAACAAGUUCAACUGCGCCAGACAGAACCUCCGGCAGAUCGCCAGGCUCCUCCUGGAGGCCAAGAAGACCACGCCGCUGGAGAGCCUGGAGGACUUCUUCCACCCCGCCAACUUCUACCACGUGCUCUCCGCCGUGAAGGUCGUGUCGGGCUACGACCCCGAGAAGAAAAGGUUCAGCUGUCCCUCGCUGGCCAUCAAGCUGGGCUACAACCUGCAGAAGAUCUGCGGCAUCGUUGAGGCGAAUGCGGCGAAGGCAGAAGACGCCGAGAGGGCGGAGUCUGCCAAGAGGUUCCUGUCCGUUUACAGGAAGAAAUGGAGGAAGCUCAUCUCAUUGGGGGCUUUGAGGAACCUCCGAGAACUAAAACGGAAAAAGGAGGCCGACGUUCCUUUAGCCGAGGACGUCAAGCUGCUGCAGUUUCACGUGGAGAAGGUCCACCAGCUCGCCGAGAAGAAGCUCCGAGAGAGCCGGUGUGUGGAGAACUACGCCGCCCUGACCAGGGUGCUGCUCGCUCGGACCAUCCUGUUCAACCGCAGGAAAACCGAGGAGGUCUCGAAGAUCCCCGUGACAAAGUUCCUGUCGCGGAGGAGGUCCGAUGAGCUGGACGACAUGGAUGCGUCCGUGUCCGACUUGGAGCGGACGCUCUGCCGGUUCUUCACCAGGAUCGACGUCAGAGGCAGCAGCGGCAGGAUGGUUCCGGUUCUGCUCCAACCCUCUCUGGAAUCAUCUCUGGAGCUUCUCAUGGCGGCUCGCCAAGAAUGCGGAGUCCCCAAAAACAACGCCUUCCUGUUCGCGCGGCCGUCCGUGCGGUCGCCCUAUAAGGGCUCCGAGUGCGUCCAGAGGUUCGUUCGGGAGUGCCGGGCGCAGCGGCCCGCGGCGCUCACGGCGCUGCAGAUCCGGAAGCACUUUGCAGCGAUGCUCCAGCUGAUCAACCUGAACGAGGAGGAGGCGCGGCUCGUCCUGGGGCCGGACAAUCCCGUCCGGACGCUGCGGGAGGACGGCGGCGCCGUGUGCGACGACGCCUUCAUGGAGACCGGAGUCCGAUCACAAACAUCAGGAAGUCCUGCAGAUCGACGGCGUAACGGAGCGCCGGGUCCAGGCGGGGGUUCUGCUGAACGGCGAGGACGUGGGGAGGCGGGGCGCGGCGAACCCAGGAGACGAGCGUCCCACAAAGCCUCAAAGUCCAAAUGGGCCGAGGCGGAGGUCCAGGCGGUGGAGAAGCACCUGAUGGACUUCAUCAGGAGGCACCGAGUGCCUCAGAAAUACGACUGCAUCCAAUGUCUGGACGCGGAGCCCCGUGCGCUGAGGGCGCGCUCGUGGAAGGGCGUGAAGGAUUACGUGAGGAACAGGAUCACCACGCUGCGCAGACAGAGCGGCGGCGUGGGAUCUGCAGGAAACCCGCCAGAAGUCCGAGCGGCGUCCUCCACUCGAUGCUCAGGCGUCUCCAGAGUCGGCGGCGGGCCAACAAACCGCCACACCGCUGCCCCCCCCAGAGCUAACCCAUCAGGCUCCAGAGUGAAGUGGGACGAGGCGGAGGUCGGCGCCGUGGAGAGGCACAUGAUGCGCUUCAUCAACGAGCACAGGGUGCCCCAGAAGAAGGACUGCGUCCUGUGUCUGGAGGCGGAGCCACAGGUGCUGCGGGCGCGCUCCUGGAAAGGCGUGAAGGACUACGUCAGGAACAGAAUCACCACGCUGCAGAGGCAGAGCGGCUCCUCCAAGAGUUCCCGGAGAAAAGCCGCCGCCGCCGCCGCCACCACCGCCUCUCAGCACAGAACGGUCCUGCAGCAGCUGUAGCUGAAAACCGUUCUGAUCAGGAAAACCUCAACGUUCAGUUGAACGUUUGAACAUCACAGUUUCACCUUUAUAGAAAUGUUCUUUUUGUUUUAAAGAACUUUUUAUUAAACAAACCGACUGUUUUCAAAUCAGAAAAUUUAAUUUUUCUAGAUUUAGCUGGAGGUUGUAAUUCACAUUUAGAGACUGAAGUCAAGUUAGAAUUCAUUUUUUUAUUUUUACUUUGAAUGUUGAAUAAUGAAUGCUGAAGCAUUUUGUUCCAAAAACAGAGGAUUCCUCCAAGGAACGGAUGUAAAAUAAACAUUUUCAUCAAGUGUU